AUAUUAAUCAAUAGCAUUCUUUGUCUCAAUGUUCCUGAUGCUUUCUAUUUACCAAUUUCAUCAUUGUGCAGAAAAUAAUUUAUUAAGAAUCAACUGAACUGAUAUCUCAUAUGAAAGGUGAAAUGUCAUCACUCAGCACUGAUAUGCACUUGCAGUGUCUCGGCCGUUUAAAGAUAUAUAGAAACGUUUGGUGUAGACGUCCCUGUUGCAAUUUUACCAGAAUUAUGAUUUUAAAGAGAAUUCAUUUCAGUAAGUGCAUAUGUAAAUAUGAUUAUUAUAACUCGAAAGUGAAUUUAGAAUAUUGUAGUAUCGAAAAGUAUUGAGUUGCUACAAUAACGCUUGCAAAUUUUCCAUUAUUGUGCAAGUUAUAAUGAAGGUAAGUUCUGUGUUUACAUUUUCCACUGGAAUCGAUAGAGCUGGGAAACUCACCUAUCACAUAGAGUACAUAACAUAUUUACUUGCUGAUAUUGUUCUUUUAUACAGUGUUAUAAAAUAUUAUAAAGUGUUGUUUUUUAAACCGUUUUAAAUAUUAUCAGCAUGUCUUCAAUUUCAAUUAAAGUGAUUGAAUUUGAUACAAGUGUAACAAACAAUAUUUCAAAAGAAUAUUGGCAAAUAAUUGCAAGCCCAUAUAAUAAUGCUUCUUCAAAUGGAAAAGAAAAUUCAUCACAGCAAAAUAAUGAUGAACCAAGUCAAUCUACACCAUCAACUCCGUCACUACUAUCUGAUCUGCAGUUACAUAGUACUGAAAUGGGUGAAAUAGCUGAAAUGCCUGAUUAUGAAAAUUUGAGCACAUCUGCAGUAUUACAUUAUUGUAAAUAUAAAAUUUUGAAACCAUAUUUGAGGCUACUAGGUGUUAUGGGUCUGAGACCUAAUAGUGAAGAGUCUGAACGUAUCUCACGUUACUGUAUUUUAUCAAAUUUUCAUACUUUUCAAGUCAUUGUCUUUAUGUGCAUUGGAUAUGUUCUCCAGUAUAUGGCUUGUUAUCGAAGAGAUAGGGGAUUCUGCUAUGUAGCAGCCUCACUCGAAUCAGAGAUAACAACAAAACCACGCUCUUAUGAAAAAACGUGCCAUGGAAAUGCAAUUUUUGCUUAUUUUAUUCCUAAUGGUCUGCAUUUGAUAGCGUACCUAUAUACAGUUUACUUAUUUCGUGUCAAAGAAAAUGAGCAGUUACAGAAUCUUAUGGAAAGAGCUUUUCUAUUAUCCUCUAAUCCAGCCAAUAGAGGUGGGCAAAAACGUUUGGUCAGAAUCCUGUGGUUGUUUAUUGGUCUUGGUGUUGUGUGGAUGAUAUCGGCUUUAGUAGCUGUAAGUUUGAUGUCAGCAAGAGAUGUUGUUACCUUUCAAUGGCUCAAGCAUGGUUCUUCUGAUAUAAAAACAGUUUUGAAAGUUUUGUUAAUACUUUGUACAAUGUGGCAUGAUAUGGUGCAAGGUACAAUUAUAACCAGUUAUUGUUUGCAAGGACAAUUGCUAAUAUCACAUUUGCACUUCCUGAGAGUAAAACUACUUCAACAUACUGUAUCGGGACUAGAAUGGAUGAAAGAAAUAAGUGAGUUUAGGAAGUUAUUAAAAUAUUUCAAUGAUGAAUAUGGUCCUGCAGUUUGUAUAUACACAGUUGUCAAUAUGUCUUGGGCCAUGUCUGGUACAGCGUGGCUUUUAAAAUAUGAUAUUCAAAAUAGCGGAAUCAAUCCAUUAACUUGUAUAAAUAUAGCCAAUGUGAUUCUUUGGAUCUGGAUAGCUAUUGCCCCAUUCAUACAAGCAGCUCGUCUAACUACAGCAUGUUCAAUGAUUCAAAGUGUCGGACAUGAAGUGCGUGUUAGACCAUUUGUGUAUCAGAGUACUCCAGGAGAAGAUUUAGACACUCUACUUUUAUAUACUUCUUCUUUGAAGAUGUGUGCUAGACUUUACAGAGUUCCUAUAACAGGCAGGUACUUGUGUUUGCUGUUGACACUUGGAAGUGUGACCAGUCUCACCUUAGGGCAGUGUCAAUUUUUUUACUGAUAGCUAUAAAAAGCAUGUGUCUUCUCAUCGAUAGAUAGUUUUUGCAGAAUGGACUUAUUUUCAUAUAAACUUUCUAAUAAUAUUUCUGUAGAACCCCAGCAAGUUUUUUUCUAUGCUUGAGUGCUAACCUCACGAUGCCUAAAAGAACUGCUUUACACCACAGAUUAUGCGUACUCGCACACCUGUUCUUAGAACUCUAUGUGCCCACAUUUUUUAACAAUACUUCUAGCACUAGACUGUUUAUGAAACUUUAAAAAUACAGUAUAAUAAAAUCACUUUACUACUCUACUUUUUUAAAUAGAA